AGCUUUUACCAUUACAAAAUGUACAUCUGCAGAUCGAAAAGUGAAAAUGGGCCGUGGAGUUAGCUGCGGAGGGGGUCAAAGUUCUCUUGGCUACCUAUUUGGUAGUUGUGAGGCUCCUAAAUCUGUUGGAGAGUCUGCUGAACCUGUUCAGAAGCUAGCUUUUAAAUCUACUGGAGAGCCUGUUGAACCUUUUCAGAAACCAACUCCUGCAACACAAGUUGAUAACAAGCAGAUCCCUGCUGGUAUCCAAGGGAAUCUAGCAAACAACUACCAGCGAGCUGAUGGGCAGAACUGUGGAAACUUUAUCACGGAACGCCCUUCAACGAAGGUGCAAGCUGCUCCGGGCGGAGGCUCUUCCCUUGGUUUCCUGUUUGUGUGA